AUGCCGAAGAAUGCCGACGACCUCUACAAGGAGAAGUGCGUGAGCCCAAAGCCAGAGGACUCUGCCAACUACACAGUUGUGGAGAGCCAGCUGGCGAUCUCCAAAUUCCAGGUCACUGCCAAGUGCGCGAACAACUUUGUGGGCACGCCCUCGGCCACCGUCUGCGCCGAAGACGGCGCCGCGUACCAGCUCUCUGGAUGCCGCCCAGCCGCCUGCGUGGAACCUGAAAGCGACGGCUACGCCGUCGACGUCAAGAGCCUGGAGAUGCGCUCUUUCGAUGCCACGGCCAGCUGUGCCCAGGGCUACGCUGGCGAGGCCAAGGUGACGAUCUGCAAGAAGGAUGGGCAGAUCUUUACCUUGGAGGGAUGCGAGCGCACCACCACCACAACCACAACGACCACAACAACCAGCACUAUCACAACCACAACUACGAUCACCAUCACGUCCACGACGACAGUGACGACCACAACUACUUCAACGACGACAACCACUACGACGACGACCACGACCACCAGUACCACAACAACCACCAGCACCACAACCCUCACGACCACAACAACCACCACCAUCACCACCACGAGUACCAUAACUACUACCACAACUGUAACAUCCACAACCACUAGCACCACAACAACAACCAGCACCACCACUACCACUUCCACUCUCACGAGCACGACAACGGAGACAACCACCACCACUCAAACAGUCACCUCGACAACGACGACUACAAGUACCACUACCACCACCGUGACCACGACAACUGUAACGACAACCUCUACAAGCACCACGACCUCAACCACCACGAGUACGACCACGAGCACAACCACUACUGUGACAUCAACGACCACGAGCACAACCACGACAACAAUUACCAGCACAUCGACGAGCACCACAACAACGACGUCCACCAGCACAACAACAAUUACGACAACUAGCACCAUCACGACUACCACCACCACCAGCACUACCACAACAACAACAUCCACAAGCACGACCACGCUGACGAGCACGACCACCACAACCACUACCACUACUACCACGACCACAACCACUGUCACAACGACAUCAACUACCACGAUCACCAGUACCACCACCACAACCACCAGCACAACCACCAUCACCACUACAACUAUCACAACCACUUCCACCACCACUACCACUAGCACAACAACGAGCACCGUCACGACGACGACAACGACUACCACCACCACGUCAACUACAACCACAACCACGAGUACAAGUACAACAACGACAACGAGCACAACAACCAUAACCACGACCACGACGACAACGUCCACUACAACAACUACGACUACGACAAGCACCAGCACGACCACUACAACGACGACGACUACAAGCACUACCACGUCCACAUCCACCAGUACUACAACCACAACCAGCACAACAACCACUACAAUUACAAGUACCACGACGUCAACCAGCACAAGUACAACGACUACGACGUCGACCAGUACUUCUACAACCACGACAACUACCACGUCUACAACGACAACCACCACCACAACCACCACAACAUCGACUCUCACGUCAACCACUACGAUCACGACCACUUCCACGACAACCACCACGACAACCUCCACCACAACCAGCACCACCACGACCACCACAACCUCUACAAGUACUAGCACAACGACCACCACAUCCACAACGACAUCCACAACCACGACGACAUCCACCACAACCAGCACAACAACCACGACCACGACCUCGACCGUCACGACCACGACCUCGACGAGCACCACAACGAGCACAAAAACCACGACCUCGACGACGUCCACCAGCACCACCACCACUACCAGUACCUCCACAACCACCACCACAGUCACGUCGGCUGACUGCCUUCCACCCUCAGACGUGCAAGGCUACGACCUGAAGGUGAAGUCGAUACACAUUGACGACUUCGAUGUGGAGGCCCAGUGCUGGGAGGGAUACCUUGGCAAGGCGGUGGUGGCGCCCUGCGAGCAGCCUGGAGAGAGCUACAAGCUGAAAGGCUGCAAGUGGAGUCGAAAGUGCCAGGCGCCUGCCGAGUCAAGGGGGUACGCCAUCGAUGAGCGCUCCCUCGACGUGGACUCCUUCGACGUGAGAGCCGAGUGUGCCCUGGAUCCGAGCAUGACGGCGACGGUGACCAAGUGCAACGAAACCUUCGCGAAGUACCAGCUCAGCGGGUGCCGCACGAACGCCGUCUGCACCGCCCCGGAGAACACUGAUGGGUACGUGGUGGAGGAGAAAGAGCUGAUCCGCCGUGAGUUUGACGUGGCCGUGUCCUGCGCGUUGGGGUUUGCAGGCAACGCCUCGGCAACCCGUUGCAAGCAUCACCUCACGCCCUACGUGCUCGCGGGCUGCAGUCCGGUGUGCCUGGCGCCCAAGGGGGCAGACGGCUACACCAUCACAGAGAACAGCCUCAUCGUGGACUCCUUCGAUGUGAAAGUGGAGUGUGCUGAAGGCUUCAAGGGCACCGCAAAGGCCGCCAAGUGCUCGGCCAGCGGCGAGGCUUACACCCUCAGCGGCUGCUCCUUCGCUGGCGCCUGUACAGCCCCUGAGAGCACGGAGGGCUACUUGGUCACGGAAGUGGACUUGCGCAAGGGGGUCCUGGAUGUGUCGGCCGAGUGCGCCCCCAACUACGUCGGCAAUGCGGCGGUGACGCCGUGCUCCUCGAAUUUGGAGCCCUACGCGCUGAGUGGUUGCUCCCCCGAGAGGAAGUGCCACGCGCCUGCUUCUUCGGAGGGCUACGAUGUGGCGGAGAAAUCUGCAGCCAUGGAUGCCUUCGACGUGACGGCGUCGUGCAAGAGCACGCACGUUGGGACCGCCCAAGUGACGGCCUGCACGAGGCCUCUCACGCCCUACACCCUGUCCGGCUGCGAGGAGAAGAUCAUGUGUGUGAGCCCAUCCAAGACUGAGGGUUACAAAGUUACCGAGAGCUCCACGCUUCAGCAGACCUUCGACGUGAAAGUGGAGUGCGACAUCGGCUACGAGGGCACCGCCACCGUGACACCCUGCUCAGAGACGGGGAAGGUCUACACACUCAGCGGCUGCAGCUACAGCACCGAGGUGUGCACCGCCCCAGACUCCACGGAGGGCUAUUUGGUCACCGAGACGAACCUGCGCCAGAGCGUCUUUGCCGUGCAGGCUGCCUGUGCCGCCGGCUACACAGGAACUGCUGCUGUUUCGAAGUGCGCGGCUGACCUGGAGCCUUACACACUUAGUGGCUGCGAAAGCAUCGCCGAGCAGGAGGUUCUGGAGGAUGGCUUGGAGUGCGUGUACUUCUAUGACCAGUCACAGUGUCACAUUCCGGACUUGGGCACGCUGAAGCCGGCCAAUCGUGUGGUGGUGCCGGAGAUCUUCAUGGAGCAUGGCAAGUUCCCGGAAGUUCGCCAAGGAGACAGCUUUUGCAUCAGGUGCACCGGUCACUUGGUCACCAAGAAGGAGGGCAACUACAAGUUCUUUCUGAGCUCGGACGAUGGCUCCCUCUUAUUCCUGAACGGGGAGAAGGUCGUGGACAACAACGGCUGCCACGGAGAAACGGAGAGGGGCAGCAGCGACAAGUUCCUGAAGAAGGGAACGCACAAGUUGACCGUGGACAUGUGCGAGAUGGGCGGUGGCGAGAUCCUGAAGAUGCGCUACAAAGGCCCCGACACCGGCAACUCGAAGAUCACCGUGCCGUCGACAGCUCUCAAGUACGGCAAGGUGGCUGGCUUGAAAGACGGCCUGAAGUGCAGCUACUUUUACGACAAGAGCGACUGCAAUGUCCCGAAUCUGGCCGCCAUGACGCCGGCCCACGAGGUGAUUGUACCGAACAUCUUCAUGGAGAACCGAAAGUUCCCGGAAGUGCGCCAGGGCGAUCGCUUCUGCAUCAGGUGCACCGGCCAGCUGGUUACCGAGAAAGAGGGCAAUUACAAGUUCUUCCUGUCCUCCGACGAUGGCUCCCUCAUGUACUUGAACGGGGAGAAGGUGGUGGACAACAACGGCUGCCACGGAGAGACGGAGAGGGGCAGCAGUGAGAAGUUCCUAAAGCCAGGUCGACAUGAUUUGGCCGUGGACAUGUGCGAGAUGGGUGGCGGCGAGGUCCUGAAGAUGCGCUGGAAAGGCCCGGACAGCGGAAACUCCAAGGUCACCAUCCCUGAGUCGGCUCUCAAGUUCAAGGAGGAAAUCAGCGAGGAAGAGGCUGGCCUCGAGGACGGCUUGGCGUGCGACUACUUCUACGACAAGUCUCAGUGCCAGGUCCCAGACCUCGGCGCACUGACCCCGGCCCACCGCGUGAUCGUGCCGGAGAUCUACAUGACGAAUGGCAAGUUCCCGGACGUACGUCAAGGCGACCGUUUCUGCACGAGGUGCACGGGCCGGCUGGUCACCAAGAAAGAGGGCAACUACAAGUUCUUCCUGGCCUCCGACGAUGGCUCCCUGAUGUAUGUGAAUGGGGAGAAGGUCGUGGACAACAACGGCUGCCACGGAGAGACGGAGAGAGGGGGUGAUCAGAAGUUCCUGAAGAAAGGCGUCCACGACCUGGUGGUGGACAUGUGCGAGAUGGGCGGCGGCGAGGUCUUCAAGAUGCGCUGGCAAGGGCCGGACAGCGGGAACUCCAAGGUCAAGAUCCCGGCAAAGGCCCUCAAGCACCCCAAGGUGGAGCUGGAGGACGGCUUGGAGUGCGACUACUUCUACGACAAGUCCGAGUGCAACAUCCCGGACCUUGGCACACUGACCGCAGCCCAUCGUGUGACCGUGCCGGAGAUCUACAUGGCCCCGGGAUUGCCAAACUGGGUUCUGCUGUAUACGAACGGCAAGUUCCCGGACGUACGUCAGGGCGAUCGGUUCUGCACCAGGUGCACGGGCCGGCUGGUCACCAAGAAAGAGGGCAACUACAAGUUCUUCCUGGCCUCCGACGAUGGCUCCCUCAUGUACUUGAAUGGGGAGAAGGUCGUCGACAACAACGGCUGCCACGGAGAGACGGAGAAGGGCAGCAGCCAGAAGAUGCUCAAGCCGGGUGCCCACGAGCUGGUGGUGGACAUGUGCGAGAUGGGCGGCGGCGAGGUCUUCAAGAUGCGCUGGCAAGGGCCGGACAGCGGGAACUCCAAGGUCAAGAUCCCCGCAGCCGCCCUCAAGCACGAGAAGGCAAAGAUCCCAGAGGUCGCGCUGGAGGACGGGUUGGAGUGCGACUACUUCUACGACAAGUCCCAGUGCCAUGUCCCAGACCUUGGCGCCCUGACUCCGGCCCACCGCGUCAUCGUGCCGGAGAUCUACAUGACGAACGGCAAGUUCCCGGACGUACGUCAGGGCGAUCGGUUCUGCACCAGGUGCACGGGCCGGCUGGUCACCAAGAAAGAGGGCAACUACAAGUUCUUCCUGGCCUCCGACGAUGGCUCCCUCAUGUACUUGAAUGGGGAGAAGGUCGUCGACAACAACGGCUGCCACGGAGAGACGGAGAAGGGCAGCAGCCAGAAGAUGCUCAAGCCGGGUGCCCACGAGCUGGUGGUGGACAUGUGCGAGAUGGGCGGCGGCGAGGUCUUCAAGAUGCGCUGGCAAGGGCCGGACAGCGGGAACUCCAAGGUCAAGAUCCCCGCAGCCGCCCUCAAGCACGAGAUGGCUAAGGCGGCUAAGGCAGGGGCUAGCUUGAAAGACGGCCUCACGUGCAGCUACUUCUAUGACAAGAGCGAUUGCAACGUCCCGAACCUGGCUGCCAUGAAGACGCCCGCCCACCACGUGAUUGUGCCGAAGAUCUUCAUGGACCCCGAUGAGCACGGGAAGUUCCCUGAGAUACGCCAAGGCAAUAAUUUCUGCAUCAGGUGCACUGGCAAGCUUGUCACCAAGAAGGAGGGCAACUACAAGUUCUUCCUGAGUUCGGACGACGGCUCCCUGAUGUAUGUGAAUGGGGAGAAGGUGGUGGACAACAACGGCUGCCACGGAGAGACGGAGAAGGGCAGCAGCCAGAAGAUGCUUAAGCCAGGUGCCCACGAGCUGGCCGUGGACAUGUGCGAGAUGGGCGGCGGCGAGGUCCUGAAGAUGCGCUGGCAGGGUCCGGACAGCGGCAACUCCAAGGUCACCAUCCCCGAGUCGGCUCUCAAGCACGGGGGCGAAGAAGAGGAAGAAGAGGAGGAGGACGAGGAGGGUCUGGAGGAAGGCUUGCAGUGCGUCUACUUCUACAACCAGGGCCUGUGCCAAGUCCCAGAUCUCACAAAACUGACGCCGGCCAACCGAAUCGUCGUGCCGGAGAUCUUCAUGGAGCACGGGAAGUUCCCCGACGUGCAGAACACCGAGAAGUUCUGCAUCAGGUGCACUGGGCAUCUCGUCACCAGGAAGGAGGGCAACUACAAGUUCUACCUCAGCUCGGACGAUGGCUCCCUCAUGUACUUGAACGACGAGAAGGUGGUGGACAACAACGGCUGCCACGGAGAGACUGAGAAGAGCAGCCACCAGAAGUUCCUGAAGAAGGGCAAGCACAAGCUGGCUGUAAACUUUUGCGAGAUGGGCGGCGGGGAGAUCCUGAAGAUGCGCUAUGAAGGCCCCGACACCGGGAACUCAAAGAUCACGGUGCCCAAGUCUGCCCUCAGAUACGAGAAGGAGCAGGUGGAGCUGGAGGACGGGCUGGAGUGCGACUACUUCUACGACAAGUCUGAGUGCCAGGUCCCAGACCUUGGCGCUCUGAGGCUUGGCGAGAAAGCCUACAGAGGCAAGCACGCUGCCCUGCUCUCACACCCCUCGCGCUGUUGCCCUCAGACGAACGGCAAGUUCCCGGACGUACGUCAGGGCGACCGUUUCUGCACGAGGUGCACGGGCCGGCUGGUCACCAAGAAAGAGGGCAACUACAAGUUCUUCCUGGCCUCCGACGAUGGCUCCCUGAUGUAUGUGAACGGGGAGAAGGUCGUGGACAACAACGGCUGCCACGGAGAGACGGAGAGGGGCGGCAGCCAGAAGAUGCUUAAGCCGGGUGCCCACGAGCUGGUGGUGGACAUGUGCGAGAUGGGCGGCGGCGAGGUCUUCAAGAUGCGCUGGCAGGGGCCGGACAGCGGGAACUCCAAAGUCAAGAUCCCCGCAGCCGCCCUCAAGCACGAGAAAGCUAAGGCGAACCUGAAGGACGGCCUCACGUGCAGCUACUUCUAUGACCAGAGCAAUUGCAAUGUCCCGAACCUGGCUGCAAUGACGCCCGCCCACCACGUGAUUGUGCCGAAGAUCUUCAUGGAGAACGGGAAGUUCCCCGAGAUACGCCAAGGCAAUAAUUUCUGCAUCAGGUGCACUGGCCAGCUUGUUACCAAGAAGGAGGGCAACUACAAGUUCUUCCUGAGCUCGGACGACGGCUCCCUGAUGUACGUGAAUGGUCAGAAGGUCGUGGACAACAACGGCUGCCACGGAGAGACGGAGAAGGGCAGCAGCCAGACGUUCCUGAAAGCCGGUGCCCACGAGCUGGCCGUGGACAUGUGCGAGAUGGGCGGCGGCGAGGUCUUGAAGAUGCGCUGGCAGGGGCCGGACAGCGGGAACUCCAAGGUCACCAUCCCCGAGUCGGCUCUCAAGCACGGGGGCGCACCUUGGCCAGAAGAGGAGGCGGAGGAGGAAGAGGUCCGCACCCUCUUUUUGUUGCGGAGUGGGGGAGUCGGUGUCUUGUCAGCUGAGGUAGGCGGUACGGCGGUCGAAGUGUUCGAGUGGCCAGUUAGGAAAUGGUUGGAAGCUGCGGCAAGCAAGGUUGAUCUGGAAGACGGGUUGGAGUGCGACUACUUCUACGACAAGUCCGAGUGCCAUGUCCCAGACCUUGGCGCUCUGACUCCGGCCCAUCGAGUGAUCGUGCCGGAGAUCUACAUGACGAACGGCAAGUUCCCGGACGUACGUCAGGGCGACCGUUUCUGCACGAGGUGCACUGGCCGGCUGGUCACCAAGAAAGAGGGCAACUACAAGUUCUUCCUGGCCUCCGACGAUGGCUCCCUCAUGUAUGUGAAUGGGGAGAAGGUCGUGGACAACAACGGCUGCCACGGAGAGACGGAGAGGGGCGGCAGUCAGAAGUUCCUGAAGAAAGGUGCCCACGAGCUGGUGGUGGACAUGUGCGAGAUGGGCGGCGGCGAGGUCUUCAAGAUGCGCUGGCAAGGGCCGGACAGCGGGAACUCCAAGGUCAAGAUCCCCGCAGCCUCCCUCAAGCACGAGAAAGCUAAGAUGCCGCUGGUGGACGGCUUGGAGUGCGACUACUUCUACGACAAGUCCGAGUGCCAUGUCCCAGACCUUGGCGCUCUGACCCCAGCCCACCGCGUGAUCGUGCCGGAGAUCUACAUGACGAACGGCAAGUUCCCGGACGUACGUCAAAGCGACCGGUUCUGCACGAGGUGCACGGGCCGGCUGGUCACCAAGAAAGAGGGCAACUACAAGUUCUUCCUGGCCUCCGACGAUGGCUCCCUCAUGUAUGUGAACGGGGAGAAGGUCGUGGACAACAACGGCUGCCACGGAGAGACGGAGAGGGGCGGCAGCCAGAAGAUGCUCAAGCCGGGUGCUCACGAGCUGGUGGUGGACAUGUGCGAGAUGGGCGGCGGCGAGGUCUUCAAGAUGCGCUGGCAAGGGCCGGACAGCGGGAACUCCAAGGUCAAGAUCCCCGCAGCCGCCCUCAAGCACGAGAAGGUGCCCCUCGCGGAUGGCUUGGAGUGCGACUACUUCUAUGACAAGUCCCAGUGCCAGGUCCCAGACCUUGGCGCUCUGACUCCGGCCCACCGUGUGAUCGUGCCGGAGAUCUACAUGACGAACGGCAAGUUCCCGGACGUACGUCAAAGCGACCGGUUCUGCACGAGGUGCACUGGCCGGCUGGUCACCAAGAAAGAGGGCAACUACAAGUUCUUCCUGGCCUCCGACGAUGGCUCCCUCAUGUAUGUGAACGGGGAGAAGGUCGUGGACAACAACGGCUGCCACGGAGAGACGGAGAGGGGCGGCAGCCAGAAGUUCCUGAAGCCGGGUGCCCACGAGCUGGUGGUGGACAUGUGCGAGAUGGGCGGCGGCGAGGUCUUCAAGAUGCGCUGGCAAGGGCCGGACAGCGGGAACUCCAAGGUCAAGAUCCCCGCAGCCGCCCUCAAGCACGACCAGGCGGCGCUCAAGCCCCCGCUGGUCCUCAGCCACAAAGCCACCUUUGAGUGUGGGAAGUGCCAGCUCCAGAGCGAGGGAUCCAGCGCUGCCUUGCCCACAAAAGGGCCGUUCACCUUCUUUGCCGAGGUCAAUCCGAGAAGCCAAGCUGGGAAACACCCUGGUAUUCUUGGCUGGGGAUCCUCUGGCGACAACUACGUGGCUCUGCGAAUGUUCCCGGGCCACAACAAUGGCGGCCUGCACCUAUACUGGAAAGCCAAUGGCGCCUUCAAAGAAGUGGCCGUUGAGUCGGCGGGUUUGCUGAAUGACGGUUGGAAAACUAUUGCGGCGACCUGGGACAAGAGCACCAUCAAGCUCUACGCCAAUGGAAAGCUCUUGAAAUCUAGUGGCUUCAGUGGCGCCAUCAAUGCCGCAGAUAAAAACGGCUUCUGCGCUUGUGUGGGUGAGCCUGGCCGUACCCAUGAGGCGUUCGUGGGUCAAAUGCGGAAUGUGCAGAUUAUGAACAAAGCUCUCAGCGAGUCAGAAGUGAAGAAGCUUCCAUUAGGCCGAUGA